AUUCCCGCGUUUUUGAAAAUAUUUUCGAAUAUUUUAUCCGAACAAAACAUUGAAUAAAAUCCGAACGUAACGUAAACAAGCACAUUUAAGAAAUCGGCAAAUUUAUAUGACUUAAUUGAAUAAAUAACGUUAAUAAAGAAGAAAAAAUUAUAUUACAUCAUCAUUUUGGAGAUUGGCAAGAAAUAAAAACAAAUCAUGGAAGUUGAUAAAGAUUUAAGUUUUGAUGAUCGGAAAGGAAAAAUUUGUUUACCAUCUGGAGUUCCAGUAAUUCAACAUGUAGCUGCUCGUAUUCGAGAACUGAGAAAACUAUAUAAUGAUAUUACUACGACAAAGAGUGAGAUGCUUGUUCAUCAAAUGCUUCCAAACCAUAUGCGGAGACGAGCAAUGUCGCAUAAUCCAAAGAGAUUACCAUUAAAAUAUAGACAAAUACACAUGAAUCAAAUGAGUAAAUCAGGUCCCAACGUGAAGAAAUCAAGACCAUCUCGAAAAUAUCGUCGAAAACCAAGCAAUCUCAUGAAGGAGUACGAGAGAAGAACGAAGAAGUUUAAAUGGCUUGAAACUCAUAUUUGGCAUGCAAAACGCUUUCAUAUGAAAGAACUUUGGGGCUAUAAGAUUCCUUUUGUUACAACUGAUAAACGUUAUCGAGCUAACUACAAAGCAGCAGCAAAUCAUUGUCUCGUCCACGAUUUAAGCUUUUUCGGUGGAAUUGAAAUUUCAGGAAAUUUUGAUUAUCUUGGAGAAAAGUUUGAAUUAAUGACAUCGAAAGACUGUGGAUUAACAUUAAUGGCAAAAUGCUAUCAGAAAGGUUGUCGAGAAGGACACAUUGACUUAUUUAAAAUUAAUCAAUAUCCUUAUGGUGCUUUGGCUCGUGUUUCGUUUAUGUGGAAACCUUCAAGUGAUAAACUUAGAAGAACUUUAUGGAUGUUUGUUCACCCCACAGCUUAUCAAGAAGUUCUUGAAGAGCUUGUUUCUCUCUUUGAACUUCAGAAUGUCAGUCAUGAUGAACGCAGCUCUGAUCCUAAGAUUACCACGAAAAACGAUUCAUUUCAAAGAAAUCCUAAAUAUAAAAACGAAGAAAAUUCAAUUGAAGUUAUUGAACUUAGAGAUACUUUGAAUAGAUUCAGAUUGACUGGACCUUAUUCAAAUGCUGUCAUUCAUAAAUCAUUGAAGCCAUGUUGUGAUUCUGGAAUGAGUCAAUGGAUGGAGAGUUUUGUUACUGAAGACGAGCAAUGGAAAGAAAUUCUAGAAAAUCAAGAGAAAAUUUGGAAAACAAUGGAAUUUAACUCGCCAUCAGAGUUCUCACCUUUCGCUGUCAUUGGGCUUAACAUCGUCGAUCCAAGAACGAAUCGACCUGCAAAAAGAGAAAAUUCUAAAUUCGAACAAAGUCAUGUUUCAGAUCUUUUUGUUGAUGCUUUAGAAAAUAUAUCGCAAUCUCCUAUUUGGAAUAAAGAAUUUCGAGAUAACAUUACAAAGAGUAUGAUGACAACAGCAGAGUUACAAAAGUUAAGAAAUCAAAAGCAACUUGUGCCCGGAACUGCUUCGAUAUUUGAAACGAAAUUACUGCAACCUGUUCCAAUACUUUUAAUUCAACGACCAGGAAGCUCAAGUUUUAAUGACGGUCGAUUGGGAUUAGGAGCUGGAUGGGACAUUAUUGUGCCAGCUGGUUAUGGAAUGAGUGUUUGGCUAUCACUUUUAAAAUGUGGAUCGAAACCAGGAGGUUGGCGAGAUAUUUUAACUUUCAACCAUGAAGUGAUAGUUGAUACGUUCCUUCCAGAUACAGUCUCAGGAUUAAAAGAAAGUUCGAGAAAUCUCAAGUUGAAACGAGAUGAAUAUUUUAAGAAACCUCCGAAUAAAAGAACAAAUUAUAGGAAAAUGAGCAUAACAUCGCCAUUUUCAUUUCCUUUUGUUCAAUUAGUUAAAGAAUGGGGAAAUUUGGAGUCAGAGAAAUUCUACGUUCUAAGAAAUAGAAAAUCACUUGAAAAUAUUAAAGAGUUGCUUAAAAAUCCAAGUAAUUUUCAUUGUGAUUUUCAUGUGGAUUCCCAUGCUGUCAUUCCUAUUAAGAUUUCAAUAAAUGCAAGAGGAACGCCUGGAGAUUUUGGAAUUUUAUGUCUACCAAGAAAACGCGACAUUAAAAGAGCGUUGACAUUAAGAUAUCAACACAGUCAAGAGCCAAUACUCAUUGAACCUGAUGCUAAAGAUCCUUGUGAAAAGGAAAGAAAAUUGUUGCGAUUUCAUCACAAGAAACUUUUGAAGCGAUUAAGAAAUCGUCGUGUAAGAAUGAAAAGAAAGUUACAAGCAACUGCAACUAAUCAUGUGACAAUCCCAAAGUCAACAGCAGAAAAGAUUAUCGAGGCACAAUUUGAAAAAAAUUGUGAAUUGGUAUUGCCGAUGAAAGCAACAAAGGUCAGAAAUCAAUGUUCAAGGGAAACAAUCGGCUACAUCACCAUGUCAAGUUUUUCCCUUUCUGAAGGAAGAGUUGGUGGAAUUGGAUACAUAACAUGGAACGGCCUUAUACAACUCAUUGCAAUGUUUAAAAAAUUUAAAGGUUUAACACCAUUUGUGUUGAGAAGAGCUUCCAAUAGCAAAUGUUAUAAUUCAGCAUCAAUAGGUGUUCGAUUAAUUGUUUAAUUAAAUAAAAACAAUUUUUUUUCAUUCAUUUAAUAUCAA